GAUGGGGAACUAAAACCACAGAGAAGUGAAACAUGGACACCAUCAAUCGCAUUUUGUGCAAAUGGUUGACGCUACUAAUGAGAAUCUCAGUAAACCGCAAACCCAAAACGGGAACAGAGAAUUUAGGGCGGCCAUUUUGGAUUGUGUGGUUCUGACUAUUUAACGACGUGAGGUAACUGUGUAGCGCUCUCAUUUCCUUUUAGCGCAAAAUGUUCGUGUUCGAUUUGAGACAUUACUAAACCGCAAACAUCCUGGUACUUUACAUAGUCUAGAGUGUAACAAUAUAGUGUAUGAUUUGAGACAGAUUCUUUAAUUUAUAUCCAGAAAACAAACUUUUCUACGUUAGUGACGUGUUGCGAGACGCCAGCGUCCUGAAAUGUGACGUGGCAUAGGACGUGGUCACGUGUUCAAAACCCGGAAAUAAGUCCCUGUAGUAAAUGUUAAGCUAAAAAAACAUUAACUUUUAUUCAAUAACAACUAGUUAAUCGUAGAAAAAUAAAAUGUAAAUUCAUUCCGAACAGUUUUUACACAUAGCUUUGUAGUUCAGCCCAUAAACGCAAACUGCAGUGUAAAUAAAAAUGAGAAUGUGUGUUAUUUAUGUGUUUAAAAACUACAGCCGCCAUUUUGAUUUAGUUGUUUCCAGCUUGAACGCGCGCCGAGGCGUAAACACAAGUUUACAGUUUUUAAUCUCCAUGUCGUGACGAACUCCAUGUUUUUUGUAGCAAUUUUAAACAUUUGUAAACCAACGUGGUGAUAUAAUGUCAGCAAAGAAAAGACAAACACACUCCGUUUGCUUCUGUUGUGUGUUUUACUCCUCGCGUCUCUCGGUGGAAAAGUCUCCUGUGCGCGCAGUGCAUCAUGGGAUUCGUGGUUCUUGAUCAGGGAGUCGCUCAGUCGCGGAUGGUUUCGGUGUCUUCGCAAAUGUCUGCGUGUUUCUGCUGCGUUUAUGUGCGUUGUUUCUUCAUCACGCAGGCUGCAGGGCGUUAAAUACUCGGAUUACUAGUGAAAGCACGGCGGAUGAUCAGAGACAGGGUGUGUGAGGCGGAUUUAGUGGUGAAUAAUCGGGGUUUGUGUUGCACUGCGGGGUUUAUUAUCCAUGCAGCAGCACAGGGCAGGACAGACUGCAGAGAAUCUGAAUCUGUUCUCUCUCUCUCUCUCUCUCUCUCUCUCUCUCUCUCUCUGUCCAUCAGCUGCCCUGUUAAUGGAGGACAAACGACAGAGCUCUGUCCGUACAGCAACUGACCCCGGUGCGCUGUGGUGAAAUCCUGAAACGUCUGGACGCUGACACACGCACACACACACACACACACACACACACGCUUCUCCUGCUCCAGCAUGAACACACAGCUCAGAAAAUCAGAGAGAAGACUGGACGCUCUGCCUGGUGUGUGUGAUUGACAGAUCCCAUUUUGAGAGGAUCAGAGCGAGUGUGUGUGUGUGUGUGUGUGUGUGUGUGAUGGAUUGGAUGCGGGAUUGGUUGCAGGCCGUGCGGGAGUGUGAGGGCGGGGCUUUGGGCACGGUGCUCUGUUUAGCUCUGCUGUUUAUAUGGUACUGUUACCGUGUGGGCUGUGAACACGCCUCCUACACGCCCGAGUCUCGCUCCAGCCCGCCCGAACUCUCGUCAGCAAAACUCCGCCCUGCACUGGGAGGAGUCAGAGCAGGAGGCGGAGCCAGUGAGGAGGAGCUGAACGGCUUUGCGUACUGUCAAUCACCCGAAUGUUUCCGGUGCUCGCGGCCCGGCGAUGGAUUUAACCAACGACUUUACCACAAUCUACAGGACUACGCUAAACGCUACACAUGGGCAGGUAUGGGGCGUGUGCAUAAAGGUGUGCGUGAACAGGACCGGUAUCGUCUGUGUAAUCGUCCGUCCAUCCAGAAGGCAGAGGUGUUUUUCCUGCCUGAUCUGCCGUCAGCUCCGUUUUUCUCUCGUGAUGCGCAGAAGCAUGACGUGGAGCUGUUGGAGAGAAGUUUCCCCGCACUGCUGGCUGAGUUCGAGAGCGUGUACCGCGCGCCGCCGCCCCUCGCGCCCGGCUGGAAGGCUAACAGCACGCCGCGGGGACACUGGUGGACCUUCUACCUGGUGAACCAGGGCACGACGCUGGCGCUGAACGCUCGCCGCUGCCCGCGCACGUGGAGGGUCCUGGGACAACUGCGCACCUUCAUCGCCAACAACGUGUUCGGAAACGCCUGCUUCUCUGUCCUCAGCCCCGGAGCCACCAUCACCGAGCACUACGGACCCACCAACGUCCGCCUGCGCUGUCACCUGGGGCUGAAGGUGCCUCCUCACUGUGAGCUGGUGGUAGGGGGGGAGCCGCAGUGUUGGUCUGAGGGAAACUGUCUGCUGUUUGACGACUCGUUCCUCCACACGGCCUUCCACGAUGGUGCUCCAGAAGACGGACCCCGUGUCGUGUUCAUGGUGGAUUUGUGGCAUCCGAACGUGGCAGCGGCCGAGAGACAGGCACUCGACUACAUCUUCACUCCGGGACGCUGAGACGGAGCGAGAGAUGGAGAGAGAGAGUGAUGGAUUUAUGGAGAGAGAGAUGGAUGGACGAGGGAUAGAGAGAGAUAAAGAUAGCUGAGUAAUAACAGUGAUGUGAAGCGUAUAACUUGCACAUUUUACUGUACAUAGGUGUUUCCUUAUGAAGCGUCACAGUUCAGUCUCUCCUGAAAUGCGAGAGAGAAAGAGAUGGAUAGUCAGUGAUGGACAGAGAUACAGACAGACAGAGAGAAAGAGAGAAAGAGUAAGAGGGAUGAGUAACAGAGCAGUGAGACAGAACUGAAGCAAAAAAAACCAAAUUACACAUUUUUAUGUACAUAGAUUUUCACAAAUCAGUCAGUAUAGUAGAAAUGAAGAAACAGAAACGGAGAAGAAGGAGAGAGGGAUGGAUGAAUGGAUGGAUGGAUAGAUAGAUAGAUGGAAGGUGAACAACUUAAUAAUGCACAUUUUUCUGCACAUAAGGAUUUCCUGAUGAAGUGUCAUAGACAGAGAGAGAGAAACAGACAGAAAGAAAAAUGAAGAGACAGUAGAGGAGAGACGAUUAACAGAGAAGUGAUUUUUAUGUACAAAUUUUUACCUUUCACUCUCUCGUCAGAAAACAGAGAGAGAGAGAGAGAAAAAGGGACUAAAUGAUGGAUAGAUGAAAAGAGAGAGAGAUGAUUAAGAGAACUGAGGGAAAUCGUUACAUGUGCACCUUUUUCUGUACAUAAGUGUUUUCUAGUGGUUCAGUAUUUGCUCAAAGAAAACAAAUUGAAAGGAAGAAAGAAAAAGAGAAGGAAAACAGGCACUAAAGUGUAAGUGUAAGCACAUUUUUUUUUGUACAUAAGUGUUUCCUGAUGACAUCUUAUCCAGUCUGUUCAUAAAGAUAGAGGUGGAUGGCCAGAGAGAGAGAGAGAGAGAGAGAGAGAGAAGGAUGAAUAACAGGAUCUAUAAGAUGAUUGAAAGAAGAGGAGUGAAUCAGGAUAUGAUUCAGCACAUGGUCACGUAUGAAGCUCACGCUAUAAAGAGAAGCCAUUGAUCACUUGCGCUCGUUUACUGCGUUUAUUUUAUCUUCAGCAAAUGCUUUAUCUUCAUCAGGGUCGCUUUCAUUUAAAUUAAUAAUAGGUGUACAACAAAGGCUCCAUCCAGACAUAUACAGAUAUUUUUGAAAAUAUAUUUUAUAAAAAGAUUUCCCGUCCACACAAACAGCAUUUUUCAAAAAUCUCUUCAUCCACACAAAAAAUGAAAAACGACUGAAAAUGAUCACAUGAUCACACCGGCGCAGUGAUAUCACAUCAUAAACUAUAUAUAAAUUAGCGAAGGAGAAAUGCAAAAAAAAGGCUAAAUAAAAAAAUACAAUCACAGACAUGAAGACUCAUGUGUUCCCUCGGCUCUUAUCCUAAAUCUGCCCGGAUUCAGAGCCGAUCAGAUUCUGCCUCCUUCACAGAAAGUGAAAUUAAACUGCAAACCCGUUAUCAGAUAAGAAAUUAGAGAGCACUAAGUAAUAAUCAUUUCAUCAGCCGUGAUAAACUGAGUCCUAGCACAUUCAUAACAUGUGCAACGAACAUGUGCAGGUUCACGCUGUGAAGUUUUUAAGAAACAUACUCUUUUCAUGUCCAUGUAAAAACAGUGAAAAAUUUUAAAAUUUCUCCAUCUUUUCAAAAAGCUUGAUUUCAGAGGCCCCAAAUGCUGUUUUUGUGUGAACAGGAGAUCAAAACACAGAGAAAAACCAAUUACUACUAUUACUACUACUCUCAUAAAUAUCUGUAUACAUGUGAGCUGGGCUUAAAUAUAUUAGAGAAGGUGAGAAUAAAAUAACCAUGGAACUGCGAUUUAAAAAAAAAAAAUUCCCACAUGCACCAGUUAAAUUGAAAAUCAACUAAUAGAAAGCACAUUUUUAUAUACAUGCAUGCUGAUGAAGCCUCAUGGUUUAGUGUUUCAAUAACGAUGAAAGGAAGACAUAAAAAUGAGGAAAAUGAGAGAAAUAGAUCGAGAUGCACUGCAUGUGAAUAGAAAGGGAGAGAGAGGGAUGAGAGACGGUGCUGAGGUGAAUAAUCCGACCUGCACAUUUCUUUACACCAGUGUUUCCUGAUGGUUCAGCAUUUAAUCAGAAUACAUAAAGAUCUGAAGUAAGAGAAAAAGAGGCAGAAAGAUAGAGAGAUGGAUGGAUAGAGACAGAGAGAGAGAGAGAAGGGGGGAUGAAUAACAGGCAGUAAAACAACUGAAUUAAACGAUCAGGCUGAUGGAUUUGGAUAUUUUCAGUAUAUAAGCAGUCGAGCGAUGAGCACUCGAUUGCAUCAUUACUGCUGAAAGACAGAGAGAGAGAGAGAGAGAGA